AUGGAUCUUGCCGAUUUUAAAAAGAAACACGCAAUUAUACAAGCAGAUGAAAAAAUCUUGCUCUCUCAUGAGUAUUAUGAAAAGCAAAUAGCUGAUCAAGUGUUUGAAGCAUAUACUGACGCGUUGGGUGAGUUCAAUGAUCACAUAAUUGAUUUAGAAAGUUCACCUCGUGUUGAUCAUAGAUCAAGUAAUACCAAAAAAGUAAAUUUUCCUCCUCUGUCGCUACCAACGUUUUCUGGUAAACACGAGGAGUGGGAAUCGUUUAAGCAGCUGUUUACCUCGCUCGUAAUAAAACGCGAAAUGCCCAAGGCUGUCAAAUUGCAACACUUGUUAUCGGUAGUACAGGGCUCAGCGCAGCAAAGAUUAAAAGGCAUUGAUAUAACGGACUCAAAUUUUGACAUUGCAUGGGAAAAAUUAGUACGUAGAUUCGACAAUGCUCAAAUACGUUUAUUUAAUCAUUUGGAAAAUUUAAUAAAUUUACCUGUUGUUAAACCCGGAAAUUUGCCUGAUUUGAUUCAAAUUUUGGAUAAAACUGAAUAA